AGGUGAGCAGCUCUCAGGGGUCCUUCCUUCACCUUGCACGCAUGUACGCACUCAGUGAUGAGAGGUCGAGUCUGGGCCUGGCCGCGCCCUCUCUCCUCUACUGUAAAGCCGCAGCCAGGAGCCUUUGGAGGGUGUUACAGGGAUGAAUAAUCCUAUACCAUCCACCCUGAAAUCAGAAGCAAAAAAGGCAGCUAAAAUAUUACGAGAAUUUACAGAAAUAACUUCCAGAAAUGGACCUGAUAAGAUCAUACCAGCCAAUGUAAUAGCUAAAGCUAAAGGCCUUGCAGUUUUGUCUGUUAUCAAAGCUGGAUUUUUGGUAACUGCUCGAGGAGGCAGCGGGAUUGUAUUAGCACGUCUUCCUAAUGGAAGUUGGUCUUCUCCUUCUGCAAUAGGGAUAGCUGGCCUUGGUGGUGGAUUUGAAAUUGGAAUUGAGGUGUCGGAUUUAGUAAUAAUACUGAACCAUGAAAGAGCAGUUGAAGCUUUUGCAAAAGGUGGCAAUCUUACACUUGGAGGAAAUUUUACAGUGGCAAUUGGGCCUUUGGGGAGAAAUUUAGAAGGUGAUGUUGCCGUACGAAGCUCAGCUGCUGUCUAUACAUACUGCAAAUCGCGAGGGUUGUUUGCAGGGGUAUCUUUAGAAGGAACAUGUUUAAUUGAAAGGAAAGAAACUAAUCGCAAAUUUUAUGGUCAAGAUAUUCGAGCUAGUGCCAUUUUAUUUGGUGAUGUACCUCGUCUUACUCAAUCAGAAGAGCUGCAUGAAAUUCUGGAUUCCUUUACUGAACAAUAUGAAAAUGAGGAGCAGAAAAACAAUGCAAGGAAAGCAGCAAGGGAACAAAGGAAGGCUAAUGAUCCACCUGUUAAGCCAUCAUCGAGGCCACAAUCACGUAAACCACCUGUGUACGCUGCAACAGCAGCUGUAAAAAAUCCACACAAACUUUAUCCUGAACUUCCCAAUUACCAUGCCACAGAGGGGAAUUCUGAGAGUAAACCUAUGGAAGUGACAGCACUUUAUUCAUUUGAAGGACAGCAACCAGGUGACUUGAAUUUCAAAGCUGGAGAUAAAAUAAUUGUCAAAACCAAAACAAAUUCACAGUUUGACUGGUGGGAAGGAAGCAUCCGAGGACAAACUGGCAUCUUUCCAGCUAAUUAUGUUACCACGAACUGUAACUAAAAUGCACUCAAUGGCCUUAAUGUUUUUGGUUUUUUUCCUAAACUUCUUUUCUGAAAUAUCCACUGGAUGAUGUACAAUCAAUUUACAAUUUGUAUUUUUAACAAAUUGUCCUAUAAAAAAUGUUUUUAUUCUGCUUCCAAUUACAACAAACUUUUUUUAGAGUUGAUUUUUGUAUGGAAAAAAUUAUAAAUAUAAAGAUAUAUUAGAAGAAUAUUUUGAUUUUUAAUAACUUAUUGUGUCUCUAAUGUUCUCUUUCCUUAAUCCAUAAUAAAUAUUCUCUAAUUAAACUCUGUUCAAGCUACCUUUCAGUUGUAGUUUUGCUUGUCUCUCAGAAAAUGUGUGGGCAUUUAUUUCAGGGGAGAUUGUGGAAAAAGGUAUAUAUGACAGAAGAAAUUUCCUUUUUUUAAGUAUCAUUUUGGAUGUUAUUUUUUAAGAAUGAUCUUAGUUACAUAUCACUAAUACAUUCAUCCCAAGGUGUACUGGUUAGAUAAAUAUUUUUUUACAAGUCUAAUAUCAAUAUAUUUAGUUAUAGGACAAAUAAUUCUAUACAGAUUCUUAUAUAGCCCUAAUCAUUGUAGUAUCCAAGCACUUUCCCGUAAUACAUUAAAAGAAUUGACUAAUAUCUGUUGUAUGUGAUUCGUUCUUUCUCUCAUCCUCUUCCUAGAGGGAGAACUGUGUGUGCACUGUAGUGUUUUGUUUGGUAGGUUUUUUUAAAAUUGUGUGUUUUUAUAUUAGAGAAGAGGCAAGGUUGAAGAAGUGCAUCUUGUAUUUGAAGCAGAAUGGGGUGGGGGUUCUGAUGGUCCUCAGUUCCCUGAAAAAUCUGUCUUCUGCACAGAUAAGCUUUAGAAUGCAAUUUAGAAUGC